CGGAAGUCAGCGGCUCGUGGUUGUCAUGGUAACCCACGCUUGGGCUGCAGUGUGGCUAAUCUUCACUUGAAUUCGAAUGAUUCAACCAGCAACUUCUAACCAACAGCAGCUACUUACUGACUACUGUAUUACAAGAUAACUCAUGCAAAUGCUUCUGGAGCUGGGUAAAAAAUGGCCACCCAGUGGACCUGUGUAAGCAGCCCUACGAAGAAGGUCCCACAUACUCGCUUGGAGGAUGAAGCUAACAUUAAGCAAAUUUACUCCUUUGGGAGAAAAUUAGGUCAAGGAAGCUUUGGGUUUGUCUUUGAAGCCACUCACAUUGAGACACAGAAGAAGUGGGCUAUUAAGAAGGUGAACAAAGAAAAGCCUGGGAGUUCUGGUGUUAAGCGAUUGGAACGGGAGGUAAACAUUCUGAAGAGGGUAAACCAUCCACAUAUUAUACAUCUGCAGGAAGUGUUUGAGACACCCAAGAGAAUGUACCUGGUCACAGAACUGUGUGAGGGUGGGGAGUUAAAGAGGCUCUUGCAGGAGAACAAGCACUUCAGUGAGGAGGAUACUAGACAUAUCAUCAGAAGCUUGGCUGAAGCCAUUGUUUACCUUCACAGAAACGACAUUGUUCACAGAGAUCUCAAACUGGAAAACAUUCUUGUGAAAAGCCAUUGCCACAGCAACAGUCACAGCAUGGUGAAUAUCAAGGUCACUGACUUUGGACUUUCUGUGCAAAAAGGUGGAGUUGGCAUUGAGCACAUGCUGCAAGGGACGUGUGGGACCCCCAUUUACAUGGCACCUGAAGUGAUCAGUGACCAUGACUACAGCCAGCAAUGUGACGUGUGGAGCAUCGGUGUCAUCAUGUACAUGCUUCUAUGUGGAGAGCCUCCAUUUAUGUCGAGCUCUGAAAAACAUCUGUUUGAAAUUAUCAAGAAGGGAGAACUCAGCUUCUCUGGUCCAGUGUGGGAAACCAUCAGUGAUGCAGCUAAAAAGGUGCUGAGAUUUUUGCUGCAUGUUGACCCAGCGGAUCGCAUAACAGCCAGUGAGUUGCUGGAUAACCAGUGGAUAACGGGAGACACCUCCAUAAAGGCCUCCUUUACUACUGUGUUGGAAAUGAUGCGUCAAUUCCAGGAUGUCACAGAGGACAAUGAGAGUGAGGAUGUGAGUGAGCAAAUCACCAAACUUCCACAGAGCCUCUAUCAGAGCAGUAUGGCUGAGUCUGAUGCCUCCACAGAAGCUCAUUUUAAUUCUUCUUCAUCGCUGGUGCUUAGUCUCAAUGGAGACGUGGAAGGCAGCAGCAAACACUUAAACCCCAUGAAACAGCACCAGAAAAAGAAAGCUCAUAGUGGUAGUGGUGUAAAGAAGAACAGACCUACCAUGAAGACAUGCCCUGCUGCUAGUUCGUCCACAGCACAGGCCGCUUACAGACAACCAAGUGCAAAGCGCCACACCCUAGCGGACAAGAUGGAGAGUGGAAGCAGGACCUCCUCUCCUAAAUCAGUCCCACAAAGUGCGUCGUCCGGGCUAGGCAAGUGUGAGAACCGUGCGUCCUCCCCCACAGGCCCAUCUCCUAACCUCAGCUCUAGGGACAAGAAAAACAGUCAGGUGCAGCAUUAGGAUUUCAUAUCUCACAGAAGACGAGUUUGGAUCCGGGUUGUAUUUAGUGGUCUAUUUUAAGUCUAUUUGAAGCCAAAUGUGUGCUGUACGUCAUGAUGAAUGUGUUUAUUGUGUUAUGUACAUGUAUACACUAAUUGAAAUGUUAUGUGUAUAAAGCUGCAAAGCAUU